CUACUUUAAUUAAAACACUUGAAUUGUUUAAUAGAUUGAUAGAUACAGUAUAACAAAACAUCUGUAGAUUCAGUUUUUCCUCAUAUAGAUUCAUAGAGGACUGUAAUAGAAAUAUUGAUAGGAAAUACACACUGCAGAUCUAGCCUACAUACUUAUAUGGCAGGCAGCUACAGGAUAGCAGUCACAGUCAAAACACCAGACACAGGAAACAUUUACAAAAGCAGAACAGAAAAUCUACUGGGAGCCAUGAAAAGGUUUAUUUCCCUGGGAUUGUGAGAUCUGGACUGAAAGAACUCAAGUGCAACACACAGACUGGUCCCCACAGCCAUUUCCUCUCCACCAGCACUGUAGGGCUCCCUAUUCUCUCAUUGACUGUGUGUAACAGCCUCUCUGUUCCCCCGAGCAUGCAAUCUGUGACUAUAGAACAGCAACGCCUUCACAACUACACUUAAUAAACCUGAAGCUUGAAGCUGCUUGAAAGCAUCUUAAAUGUUUAUUGCAGCCACUGUACAGUGUUUCUGUUGCUGCACAAAGAACUCAGCCACGAAUUAUCUUAGGCCAGCAAUUUCUCUUUCAACCACAAGGGGGCACCAGACUGUAAAAGAAUACCUCUUUUUUUAAAGCAGCCAGUAUAUAUUUCAUCAUUUCUCCUCAGAGGCAUUGGAUGUAACUCAGAUAGAAUGAUGGCGCCAUGCUAGUAAAAAUCACAUUGAGAACUAAAAUAUUUAUUAGGAUUUCAGUUAUAAGGAAGGCCAGGAGCUUUUGUACUCAGGAAUAAAGGAACAGCCCACUUAACCUCAGACCUGCAGUAUAUCUAAUUACCACCAGGUGGAGCCAAACUAGAAAUCAGACGAGAAUUGCCUACAGAUAAGAAAAAAGAACUGAACCACAUUCUUUUAAAGAACACUGGUGAGCAGAGAUUCUGUUUACCCACAGUGAUCUUCACAAGCAGUCAUGGGGAAGAGGAAGCUGUGGGUAACUUACUGGCUCUGGGCAGUAGGGGGCCCCGUGGGGCUCCACCACGUCUACCUGGGGAGGGACAGCCACGCCCUGCUGUGGAUGCUCACGUUUGGGGGCUUUGGCCUGGGUUGGCUCCGCGAAUUCUUCCGCUUACCUGCCUACGUGGAAUCGGCCAAUCACAACCCGACCACCGCACGAGCAGCCAAUGGAAGGCCCGUCAGAGCUGGGGCCACGCCCCCUCCAAUAAGCCCGGCCCGUUUCGCCGGGCAGGUGUGCGUGGGAAUCUAUUUCGGGAUCGCUGCCCUGAUCGGUUUGUCCUCCCUCAGCGCUUUCUACCUGCUAGUGCUGCCACUGGCUGUUGGCAUGGGCGUCCAUCUGGUCUCUUCUGUGGGCGAGGAGACCUCUGACCUCCGCAAGACCCUGACCGCUUGCCUGGUGACCUCGCCGGUGUUCUACGGCCACGCUCUGGGCACUGUGCCAGUCAGUAUUGUGGCCAGUGUGACCGCAGCUCAGAACCGCAGGUACAAGCCUGGGAUGGAACGAGAGGAACCGCUGGGUGCCAGGCUGUACCGUCUCGGACUGGCAUGGCUGGCGUUCUCGGCGCCCCUGGGUUGCUCCGUGUUCUACAACACCACUGCCACCCUCUCCUACAUCGCAGAUAGUGUCGCCGCUCUGCUGGACUGGCUGUGGUUCUUCCCCUCCCUGCGUUCCCUGCUGGAGUCCUGCCUCCUGCUGCCCUACAGAGCCUUCUCCCUGCUCACAGGGGGCGGAGGAGAGGGGCCGGGGCAGUGGGAGAGGGUGCUGGAGAGGUUUAUCAGCGAGCACAGCCAGAGGAGACUGGCAGCACUGCAGGUACUGGCAGUGAACAGCGAGGCCUCUUUUGAGGAGAUCACUCAGAGGUACCGGGAGAUGGUGAAGACCUGGCACCCCGACCACAACCCACACCGAGUCAGGGAGGCCAGCAGCAGAUUCCUGGAGAUCCAGGAAGCUUACGAGACUCUGCUGAGACUGCACAGACCACAGCGCGGGGUGUGACCUAAUCAAUCAAAUCACACACCAUACACAGACCACAGUGAGGGCUGUGACAAAGCGGGCCAAGAGUGGACUCACACUGACACACACACACACACACAGUCGCACUAACAGAAACACACCAUACACACUGUGGCACUGCCCAAGCAUGUCUCCUCAAUAUCAACAGCUCAAUAAACUGUACUCGAACUUCUCCACUAUCCAUUGACAUCUAGUGCCAUCUUGUGGCGUACAAAUAUAUUGCACGUAUAAAACCCCAAAAAGAAGCCUACAAUUUACAAUUGUAUAUAUUAGCAAAUGUCUUGGUUUUAACAGUGAAGCCAGUCCUUUAAAAAAUCAAUAUGUAUGUAAUAUAACUGGAUUGAACAUACAUGCUAUAAUUAUAAAUGCUGGACUUCUUUGGAACCUGAAACAUGUUGCAAGUGUCGCCCUCUAUUGGUCGUUUUUGGAUACUGAAACAAAUUCACAAAGUUGUUAAAGGAAUUUAAGGAAGUUUACUGACUUUUAAGUUAAAGAUGAACUUCCUUAUAAAUGACUUAUUUUAAAAUAAAAAUAACAUUUUAA